UGGUCCUGGAUGGGAUGGACUCCUUGGAUGGACAAGCUUCAACACAUUUUCCAAAAACGUUUCGUGCUGUAGCAACAAGUGACAACGGGUUCUAUUAUAUAGUCAACUGAUUUCCUCGACAUCACUCAAAGGGGCUUUUAUGUUUCUAUUCAAUGAAGGCGUUGGGUUUUUUCGACUUUCAUGGGCGUACCUGCAAAUUGUCUAUAAGUGAAGUUAAGGUGAGAGAGAAAGUCACAAUUCCACAUUUAAUGCGCCUGUUUUGAAAGAUGUGACAGUGAGAGACUGGAUUUAAGCGGACUGAAGAAAAGUUAUAGAUUGCAAUAAAUCUUACGUAUGACCUAGAACUGGAACUAAACGCCGAAAUCAAGGGACAGCUCAGCAGCAUAUUGAUGUGAGACUUCAAAGAACAUAAUUGCAGGCAGGCGUUCUCCUUAAAAGUGAUGUGUUAUAUGACAUUCAUGUUUUAUUGUACGCAAAACAUUCCGAAAUGGUGUUAUUUGUAUUGAAAUGGAUUUAAACGUGAACACAAUUAUCAAUUUUAUACCUGUGUAACGUCAACAUCCAAAAUAUUUUUGUAAGAUGAGAGCUUUCAUUCCUUUGAACCGGACCACACUUGGACUUUUCUGGAGCUGCUUGGGUUUUCUAUACUGCGUUCAUUGUGGUAUAAGCGACAAUCAUGUGCAUUCUAGCUUUAUUUACAGAAGACUGCGUAACCAUGAACGGAGAGAGAUUCAGAGAGAGAUUCUCUCUAUUUUGGGUUUACCACAUCGUCCAAGGCCCUUUUCUCCAGGAAAACAAGCAUCUUCCGCACCGUUGUUCAUGCUUGACCUGUACAAUGCCAUGACCACCGAGGAGGAAGAAGGACUGGUAUUACAAGAGGUUACAGGGAAAGGAUUCAGCGGGAAGACUAAUGCAAACUCACGUAAGGGGUUCCAUGGCUCUCCGCAGGCAUACUCUCGUGUGGCGCAACCCUACCGCGCUGCCCCUCUGACAAGCCAAAGUCCACCACUCACUACAUCGCAAGACACAAACUUUCUCAACGAUGCUGAUAUGGUUAUGAGCUUUGUCAACUUAGUGGAGAAAGACAAAGAUUUCUCCCAUCAGCGUAGACACUUCAAGGAGUUCCGUUUUGAUCUGACUCUGAUUCCGGAUGGGGAGGCGGUGACUGCUGCUGAGUUUCGGAUAUAUAAAGACCGCAGUCAUGCCCGCUAUGAGAACAUCACCCUGAAGGUCACUAUUCACCAGGUCAUCAAGGAGUAUCACAACAAGGAUGCGGAGACAUUCUUGUUGGAUUCCAAAAAGAUCAAGGCCUCUGAUGGGGGCUGGCUGGUCUUUGACAUCACUGCCACCAGUAACCACUGGGUACUGAACCCAUUGCAGAACAUGGGCCUGCAGCUUUCUGUGGAAACUAUGGACGGACGGAAUAUCAACAUGAAAUCGGCGGGCAUCAUUGGAAGGAAUGGGCCACAAUCCAAACAGCCAUUUCUAGUCUCAUUCUUCAAGGCCAGUGAAGUAUUGCUACGCUCUGUCAGGGCCGCAGGUGGAAAGAAGAAGAAUUACAAUCGCAACAAAUCUGUUGGUCAACCGGAAUCCUCAAGAGCACCCAAAAGUGGAGAUCAUAACACAAGUGAACAGAAACAAGCUUGCAAGAAGCAUGAACUUUAUGUCAGCUUUCGAGACUUGGGGUGGCAGGACUGGAUUAUUGCACCAGAAGGCUAUGCUGCUUUUUAUUGUGAUGGGGAAUGUUCCUUCCCACUGAAUGCACAUAUGAAUGCAACAAAUCACGCCAUUGUGCAAACCCUGGUCCAUCUGAUGUUCCCUGACAAUGUGCCAAAGCCAUGUUGUGCACCGACCAAGUUGAACGCUAUAUCUGUCCUGUACUUUGACGACAGCUCAAAUGUCAUCCUCAAGAAAUACAGAAACAUGGUCGUCAGGUCAUGUGGUUGCCAUUAACGGACCAAGAAAUCAAAGGGUUAUGUUUUAGAUAGGUGGUAUUGCUGGAAAAGUACUCAUCAAUAUACUGAUAAAUCUGGGGAGUUAUAUGAUGUAAAGUAUUAUGUAUAUAUUAGUUUUAUAGACUUAUUUAUUUUCCCACUCCAUAUUUUACAAUUUAUAAGAUUUAUAACAUGAAAUCUGUCCGUGGGGGGGGGUUGCCAACAGGGAUCUUCUUGCCUCGACAUUCUCUAGCGACUGUUGCAAUGAGUUGGGCACUUGCAAGCUGACCUUAGUAGGCAGACGGGGAAGUGCUCCCUUCAGCACACUGGCUUUCACCUUUAUUCCUGGUUCAAUGUGGCACUUCUUGAAGGGCCAUGCUUCAUAGGGUGCAGGUCACCAUCUUCGACUCUGCAGGACCUGCUGCCAUGAGACAGGGUUGUAACUGCACAUUGGAUACAAUUAAAUUGAAGAUAAAAUAGUAUCACAAUUUAAAUGUACAUCUUAGUAAAAGAAAACCCACAGAUCCCAUAUGGAUCCAUUGGAUCUUGUAAAAAAAUUUCCCCGGCAUAUCUUUUUUUAUUCAAGCAUAUCUAUAGCACUGUUUUUCAAUUUGUUACAUUAGAUAUUUAAAUCAUUUAUUCAAACCUUUCUAACCACUCAAAAAAGGUUUACGUAAUGCUGCUACAGUUAAAUGAGGUCAUUUCAUUUUUUGUUAACAUACAGUACCAGGUAAUUGUUUGUAAAGCUUUCAGAAAGCCUUCAGAAUGUAUUCAGAUCCUAUCACUUUUUAAUUGUGCUGUAGACUUAAUUUGCAUAAUGACAAAACAAAAAUAAUGUUUUUAGAAACAAGUGCCGAUCUAUUGAAAAUAACAGAUGGAAAUAUCACCUCUACAUAAGUAGUUAAAGCCUUUGCCAUUUACAAUUUAGUCAUUUAGUGUACACUUACCCAGAGCAGCUUACAAGGAAAACUGGUUCCACCAUUGAGGUACAAAAAAAAGAAGAGUUUUGACUGCGUCUAUUGGGAACUGCCCCGAAGGCCUAGGACAGCCAAGAGCAACGAGGUGGCUGAAUGAAGAGCCCGAGUGAGGAUGUAGGGUUUGAGUAUUGCCUGAAGGUAGGGAGGAGAAGCUCCUCUUCUUGCUCCAUUACCAAUAACCAUUGCCUUGAAAUGGAUUCAAGCGUAACUAGAAGCCAGCGUAGAGUGUGAAGAAGCGGGGUGACAUGGGAGAUUGGGAAGGUUGAACACCGGUCAAACACUGGAAGGUCAACCAUCUCUGUCAAUCAGUAAUGUUAUGUUCGCUAGACCUAAGCCACUCCUGAGUAAAAGGCAUAUGACAUGCCAUCGGAAAGACAUUGAGAGCAUGAUCUGGUUUGAUGAAACCAAAAUGUGACUAUCAAUCCAGAAUGUCAAGUGCUUUGUCUGGCGAAAACAAAGCAAUGCUCAUCAUCUUGUUGAUACCAUCUCUACUGUGACGCAUGGUGGAGGGAGCAUCAUGCUGUGGGGAUGCUUUUAGUGUUAGGGACUGGGAGACUGACCAUGCAGUCUGACAGGAUCUACAAUAAGGAAUGUGAGAAACUUCUCAAAUCCAGGUGUGCACAGCUGGGAGAGACAGCCAAGAAAACUCAAAGCUGUGAUUGCUUCGAAAGGCACUUUGACACAGUACUGAACAAAGGGUCUGAAUACUUGUAUAAAUUAGAUAUUUCAUUUUUUGUUUUCAAUAAAUUGAGAAACUUUUCUAAUAACUUGUUUUCUGUUUGUCGUUAUGGGGUAUUGUGUGUAGAUUGACGGCAAUUUCUUUUUACAUUUAAACUGAAAGUCUAUAACGCAACAAGCUGUGUAGAAAGUGAUGGAGUCUGAAUACUAUCUGAGGGUGCUGUUAUUAUUGUAAUAGUGUCAACUGUUGCAAACACUUGUGUUUUUGUACGAACAUUGCAGCCUACACCAGUCUUUGCAACUUGCAGCACUCUUUGAUUUUUCUCUCAGAUGUCCUAAUAGCAGAAUCUGUAUUAAUGUCAUUGAGUAACAGCCUGGCACAACAUAAACCAUGCUAAAGGAAUGACGUAAAUGAGUAAAUUAAGUAUUUCAAAUAGGACCCCUUGAAUAACACUUUGAGUUUUUCCUCUGGGCUUGACGUUAAUCAUGUUUACAUUGUGCGCAGGUUUCAAACAGUCUAUCAUUAAAAUGGGUUAGGAAAAAACUUGUGGUUAUUUAUAUGGUAUCCUUAGACUUCUGGCUGUAAAAUAUAUGUGUAUAUCAUGUUUUAUAUAAAAUAAGUUAUGCUGAAAGGUACUUCCUCUACGUCAAAGUAUUUCAUACAUUCUGUUGAAUAUAUUUUUCCAGAGCAUUCACUGAAAAAACACAAGGACUGGCCUGCUAUAUUCUCAGACCCAUGAAAUGUCAUAGUUCAAUAACAGUCUAUUGUAGGAAUAUAUGAAAACAAAGCAGAAAUUGUGGAGGAGAUUCCUUAAAAUGUACUUUAGGGCCAGUAUAUAUUUUCACAUAUUACAUACUCAAUACAUAAUGAAUGAAACGCAUACAUUGUUUGCCCAGUUGUGGUUAUAUCACUGUUCUUUUUGUAUUAUUAUGGAUAUUAUUACUGUCAUGUUGUUAUCCUUCAUAGUAAUUUGAGUAAUAUAUGUUAGGUUAAGUAUACAAUACUGUA